AUGGAGGUUAGGGCUGGACGUACCACCAUUGUGAUAGCUCACCGGCUCUCCACAAUCCGGACAGCUGACAUUAUUGCUGGAUUUCACAACGGUGUUGUUGAACAGGGAACACACAAUGAACUCAUGACACAGAAGGGUGUCUACUAUUCUCUUGUGAUGCAGCAGGGUCAUGGUGGAAACACUCAAAAUGAGAGGUCAGAAAGUGGUGAAGAGACAGAAGAUGAAGACUAUGAGGAAGAGAAUCUAGAUGAUCUCAGGAUGGAGAAUCUGACUGAUCUUGGUGGUUUUGAAGAACCAGGAAUCAUUGAGAUGGGAAGCAUUCCCAAGAGAUCCAGAAGACAUAAAAGCAGAAAGACCUCUUCUAAGAAAAAGUCAUCUGAAAAGAAGAAAACAAAGGAGAAAGAGGAGGAAAAUCUCCCUGCUGUGCCUUAUUCCAGAAUUCUGGCUCUGAACAAACCUGAGUGGCUGCAUAUAUUCUUUGGCGUGAUUGCUGCUGCCUUCUCUGGUGGCGUCCACCCUGCAUUUUCUGUUCUAUAUGGAAAAAUCAUUGGGGAGAUUGGGUGGUACGACGAUCCUAAAAAUGCCAUAGGGGUUUUGUUAACAAGACUAGCAACAGAUGCUUCACAAGUCAAAGGGGCUACUGGAAGCCGACUUGGCUUGUUCGCUAAGACUGCCUCUACCCUUCUGGCCGCCAUCAUUAUUGCUUUUGUACAUGACUGGCGAUUAACUUUGCUUAUCCUGGCCUGCAUUCCUUUCCUUAUUGCUGCAAAUGCUAUUCGACUGAGCUCUGUGGCUGGUCAGGCAUCAAAAGAUCAAAAAGCUUUGGAAGAGGCCAGCAGAAUUUCAAUGGCAGCGGUUGAAAAUAUAAGAACUGUGGCUUCAUUAACUAGUGAAGAUGCAUUCUAUGAGAGAUAUAAUGCAAGUUUGAAUGGUCCAUACAGGUAGGAUUUGCUCUCAAACAAUUCUGUUUUUUAAAAGCAAUGAAUACAUAUUUUCUUA